UUCAGAGAAACUGAAACUGAAGUGUAGUUGAGCUGUUGUGUCUCUGUAUUCAUGCAGUAAAAUGGCAGAAGCCAGAAUUUCUCAGGAUGAGUUCAUGUGUCCAGUGUGUCUGGAUCUCCUGAAGGAUCCAGUGACCAUUCCCUGUGGACACAGUUACUGUAAGAGCUGUAUUACAGGCUGCUGGGAUCAGGAGGAUCAGAUGAGAGUCUACAGCUGCCCUCAGUGCAGAGAGUCCUUCAGACCAAGACCUGCUUUAGCUAAAAACACCAUUCUGGCUGAAAUGGUGGAGAAACUGAAGAAGAUUAAACUUCCUGCUGACUGUUACGCUGGAGCUGGAGAUGUGCAGUGUGACGUCUGUACUGGAAGAAAACACAAAGCCGUCAAGUCCUGUCUGGAGUGUCUGAACUCUUACUGUCAGAAUCACCUUGAACAACAUGAGAGUUUGUUUAAAAAAAAGAGACACAAUCUGACUGACGCCACUGGACGACUGCAGGAGAUGAUCUGCCCGAAACACGACAAGAUCCUUGAGGUUUUCUGCCGCACUGAUCAGAAGUGUAUAUGUGUGCUGUGUACGAUGGAUGAACAUAAAAACCACGACACUGUAUCAGCUGCAGCACAGAGGACAGAGAAACAGCACCAGCUGAAGGAGACGCAGAGGUCAUUCCAGCAGAGGAUCCAGCAGAGAGAGAAAGAUCUUCAGCAGCUGAGAGAGGCUGUGGAGUCUCAUAAGCGCUCUGCACAGACAGCAGUGGAGGACAGUGAGAGGAUCUUCACUGAGCUCAUCCGCUCCAUCGAGAGAAGCCGCUCUGAGGCCACACGGCGGAUCAGAGAUCAGGAAAAGGCUGCAGCGAGUCGAGCUGAAGGACGACUGGAGCGACUGGAGCAGGAGAUCAAUGAUCUGAGGAGGAGAGACGCUGAGCUGGAUCAGCUUUCACACACACAGGAUCACAUCCAUUUCUUGCAGAGUUUCCAGUCUCUCUCAGCUCCUCCUGAAUCUACAGAGGUAAAAGACGAUCCCUUCAGUUCUCUCUCCUCUUUCGAUGCUGUGAGAGAAUCUGUCCGUCAGCUAAAAUACAAACUGGAGGAUUUCUGCAAAGAGGAGCUGAAGAAGAUCUCUCACAGAGUCACUUUCACCAACAUUGUUCCUAGGACCAGGAAUGACUUCCUACAAUAUUCCCAUCAGUUCACUCUGGAUCCAAACACAGCAUCCAAACACCUCCUUCUGUCUGAGAGGAACAGAGUGAUAACUUACACUAACACAGCGCAGCCACAUCCUGAUCAUCCAGACAGAUUUGAUGAAUAUCUUGAGGUGUUGUGUAGAGAGAGUGUGUGUGGACGGAGUUAUUGGGAGAUUGAAUGGAGUGGAGAUGGUGUGGUUGGUGUGUAUAUAUCAGUGUCAUAUAAGAGCAUCAACAGGAAGGGACUGGGUAACGAGUGUCGGUUUGGAUAUAAUGAUCAGUCCUGGAGUCUGAUUUGCUUUCCCACCAGUUGCUCAUUCAUACACAAUAACAUAGAGUCUAAACUCCCUGUAGUGUCCAGCUGUAGAGUAGGAGUGUAUGUGGAUCACAGUGCAGGAAUUCUGUCCUUCUACAGAGUCUCUGGAGACACAAUGAGCCUCAUCCACACAGUCCAGACCACAUUCACUCAACCGCUCUAUCCUGGGUUUAGUCCUGCUUAUAAUGGAUCAUCAGUGAAACUGUGUUGGUGAAUCAGAACAGACUGUAGAGAGAUUCUAUCCAUGCUUUGAGCUCAUGAUAAAUCAGUAACAGUGAGAUGUUAUAGUAUUUAUAGUCUAGUAUUUUCUAUUAAUUACAUUAAUAAUACAGUCGAACUUCUGUCAUUAAAAUAACAUGCCUGAAUAAAUGUGUAAUAGUGAUGCGCAGAUCCAAUCCACGGGUCGGGUGCGCCAAGGAAUAAAAAAUAGUCCAAUUAAUUGCAGGUGGGUUGCAGGUGGAUAAGAUAAAUCAUUAAUGAUGGAAAUAUUAAAUACAAACUCAAAUGUGAACGUGUUUAAAAUUUUUCAUCAGGCACUAAUUUGCAGACUCUCAUUAAGCUACACAGUUAUGGUCCACUUGUUUAAGCAGCAAUGGAGGCAAAACAUCCAGGAGUAAUUUAAAAAAGGAAACUUAAAAACAAAACAAAUAAUUGUGUUUUAUUUAAUCAUCUUCUUGUGAGAUCUUCUUUGAGAUGCUAGUUUUUAAAGGCUCUAUAGAAAAUAAAGUUUAUUAUUAUUAUAAAAAAGGAAAGAAAGAAAAAUACAGUGUGGGAAAGUUUUUGUGAAGUAGUUAACAAGGACCAAUCAAGUACCUGGGUAUGUGAUAUGUAACGGUCGUGAAGAGCUGUAUGUAACAAUAAACUAAUAAAGCCUAUAUCCA